AUGACCAAGUUCACGCCGGAUUCCGCUCUGCAGCUGUUGUUCGACCCCAACCUCAUCCCAGCCCAUGUCAAAGCAGAGCUCCCUCCCGACCUCCACAUGCGCCCCCUGGCCCGCACCGACUACCACCGCUCACACAUCCCUAUCCUCUCCGUGCUGACCCAGGCCCCCGAUCCCGGGUUCGCCGGCUACCAAGCCACCUUCGACGCGCAACGCGCCUGCCCCGACACCUACUACACUCUCGUCAUCGUGCACAAACCGACCGACCAGAUCGUCGCCGUCGGCUGCGUCUUCAUCGAGCGCAAGUUCCUGCGCAACCUCGGCAAGGUGGGACACAUUGAGGAUAUCGCUGUGAGCAAGAGCAUGCAGGGGAAGAAGUUGGGUCUGAGGGUUAUACAUGCUUUGACGGGGAUUAGUGAGGGUAUGGGGUGUUAUAAGACGAUUUUGAAUUGUAGUGAUGAUAACGUUCCGUUCUACAAGAAAUGCGGCUUCGAGAGGAAAGAGAACGAGAUGGCCAAAUACAACACCUCGCCCAUCCCCCGCGAGCGCAUCAUUCCCAAGCUGUAG